ACCUCUUCAAAUACACUUUCUUUUUUCUUGCUUUAUAUCUUCCAUUCAUAGUAUAAUUUUUAAACUUCAUUACGUUGACGUCCAAAUGCAUCCUCCCUUGUUUAAAACUUCUCCAAUCAAACUUCCCCCUUUUAUCAAAUUGUCAUAUGUAAACCGUUGACUUCAGAAUCUUUAGACCAUUUCCUUUUGUUUUAACCUCAUGGCUAACCAAACAAAAAUCACAAACAUAACAAGAUCAUGAAUAGCACAGCAAUAAGCCCUGAUCCAACCGAUGGGUUCCUAGGUUCGCAAAACAUCGGUGGAUUCGCGUAUGGCAUUGGAGUUUCAGUAGGGAUAUUGUUAUUAAUUACAACUAUCACCUUGACAUCUUACUUUUGUACAAGACAUCAAACCACUGUGCCGCCACAAAAGACGAGGCAAAGGAAUGAAAAUAGCAACGAGGACGUUCAAGAAGUUGUGGUGGAACUGGGGCUUGAUGAAGAAACCCUAUUGAGUUAUCCAAAGUUGUUGUAUUCAGAAGCUAAGGUCAAUCACAAGGAUUCAACAGCGACUUGUUGCUCAAUUUGUUUGGCGGAUUACAAGAACAGUGACAUGUUAAAGCUAUUACCAGAUUGUGACCAUUUGUUCCACUUAAAAUGCGUAGAUCCAUGGCUGAGGUUAAAUCCAACUUGUCCUGUUUGCAGAACUUCUCCAUUGCCAACACCACAAUCCACUCCUCUGGCUGAAGUUGUUCCUCUGGCAACUAGACCUAUUGGAUGAAUUAAGUUGCAUCAAACUAAAGGCCUUGCUAGCAAGGAGCCAAGGGUAUGCAAUAAGAAAGGGAGAAAAAAGACCAUAGCUGGAGCGAAGUUGCAGACAACGUUGGAAGAAGCUUGGCGCAGAGCCCUUGCCUUAAAUUUUUUCUAGAUGAAAAAUAU